AUGUCCCGUUCAUGCCUCCAGUCUGCUGUUGCCUUUGGUUUCAAGGUCUCCAUUGUUCAACAGCCUUCAUUUUCCAGCUUUAGGACUGUUCAUCUGGUUGACUCUUGGGAAAGGAGGAGAUUGGAACUUUGGGAUGUCCUGAGCAUCUUGUUCAAGUUUGGGCAGCCAACAGGCUAUUAUCAGACUCCCUGGUCUGUUCCCUCUGCCAGUCCUGAGCUCGUGCCUCCAAGCGGUGCUGUGUUGCAUAUGCCUCUGAGUCAUAAGAAGGACUUCUCUGAGUGGCUCACCAGGUUAUGCCUAGGAAAGUGGUCCUCUCACCCAUCAUGCUAUUUUGGUCUCACUCUCCAUCCUCAUCCUGCCUCCUCCACACAUACACGAGUUUUAACUCUGAGAGGAAGGAAGGUGAAGUUCCGGGCAUUAUUUCUUUACAACCUACUUUGCCUUUCUGAAUCCUCCUCUGUCCCUGCCCUAGGAGUCAUUCCACUUUCUCCCUAA